CUGCUUUGAGAACCAUGCAAUCGUCUGGACUGACUCUCCUUCAUUUCAAAAUUUCUCCAAGACGAGAGCGCCCUCCUUGACGUGACGCGAACCUUUAUUCAUUGUUGCGGGGCAAAUGACAUAGCUCGUGACGUGGGGCUCUGGCUGGUAUCAUUGCGAGAACGGAGCACAGGAACUAUCCCUAACCUUUCCUUAUCACGUCUUUGACACUGAAAUUAUACCCUCAUUCAAGAUCAACAUGUCUGUCGAAGUCAUCAAGACCAUCUCACCCACCACCAACGAGCCCAUUCUCACUCGGAAUGGUGCUUCGGCACAGGACUUGGAGUCGCUCCCUCAGGUGGCAACUGAGGCCUUCAACUCGUUCCGCAAGACCACACUGAAGGAACGCCAGGAGAUCGUCAAAAAGUUCCUCAAGAUCCUGUCCAAGCAUGAGGAUGAGCUGGCCGAGGAACUCACGGUACAGAUGGGCCGACCCAUCGCCUUUGGCGGAAAGGAGAUCCAGACGGCUAUCAAGCGUGCAGAGUACCUCCUCAAGAUUAGCGACGAAGCUCUCCAAGACACAGAUGGCGAGCCGGAAAAGGGCUUCAAGCGUUUCAUCCGCAAGGUGCCCGUGGGUCCUGUCCUCGUGCUGUUUGCCUGGAAUUACCCAUACCUCAUCCUCGUCAACUCCCUGAUUCCGGCCCUCUUGGCAGGCAACACCGUUAUCAUCAAGCCCUCCCCACAGACGCCCACCAUCGCAGAGAGGGUGUCGCAGUUCUUCACCGAGGCGGGCCUCCCGCAGGGCGUGCUCCAGUACUUCCACUGCGGGUCGCCAACAACCAUGGAAGCCAUUGUGCGUGAUCCCAAGAUCGCCCUCGUGUGUUUCACUGGGUCUGUGGCAGGUGGUCUGGCGGUCCAAAAGGCUGCGGCCGAUCGGAUUGUCCCCGUUGGCCUGGAGCUGGGUGGCAAGGACCCUGCCUAUAUUCGUGCCGAUGUAGAUGUUGAUUGGGCGGCUGAGGAGAUUGUCGACGGUGCCAUCUUCAACUCGGGUCAGAGCUGCUGCUCCCUCGAGCGCAUCUACGUCGAUGAGAAGAUCCACGAUCAGUUUGUGGAGGCUGUUCAGAAAGUGCUCAAGGGCUACAAGCUAGGUGACCCCUUUGACAAGGGCACCCACGUUGGGCCGGUCAUCUCUACGCGAUCCAAGGAGGCGAUUGAGGCACACAUCAAGGAUGCUUUGGACCAGGGUGCCCAAGACGCCACGCCGGAGAAUGAGAGCUUCAGCAACCCGCCCCCAAAGGGUAACUUUGUGAAACCCACGCUUCUCACCAACGUGAACCACAGCAUGAGGGUAAUGACGGAGGAGACAUUUGGUCCCGUGAUCCCUGUCAUGAAGGUCAAGAGCGACGACGAAGCUGUCCGCCUGAUGAACGACAGUGAGUUUGGUCUCACGGCCAGCGUGUGGACUAAGGACACGGCCAAGGCGGCUGAGCUCAUCGAGGACAUUGAGGCCGGCACUGUCUUUGUCAACCGCUGUGACUAUCCAAGCCCGGAUCUCGCCUGGACAGGUUACAAGAACUCUGGCAAGGGACAGACGCUUGGACGUUUCGGGUUUGAACAGUUUGUCAAGAGCAAGAGCUUCCAUCUCAAGGACUACCCGAAAUAAGCUACUGAGGCGGCAACAUGCAGGUUACAGCCAGGAUCCGAACCGGAACAAGAAUAAAUUAUCGGGUCUCGCCCUGAAUCUUAAAAAUUGUACGGGGCUCAAUCUUACCGUGAAUCGUGAAUGGAGCA